AACACGCGGCAAGACCUGCAUUUUAAAAGCAAGGAGUUGGCCACGAGGAUAUCGUCCCUUCUCAUGAAGCUGGUAUGUGGCAUCUCGGAGAUUUAUGGAAGCCAACAGUCGGUUCCAGGGCGAUCAUGCCGGUAUCCGCUGUCAUAUGGAUCGUUCGUUGCACGGAGAACCGUUGGUAGCCAAUGAGGUUACCGCGAGACCGGGUAAAUCACCGUCCGGUCAAGAUCAAGACCAGUCUCAGAUGGAAUGCGAGCAAUACUGCACCCAUCCGCUUCGCAAGUACUUGGAGACUUUAGCGAAGGCACCGGAAACGGCAACCAUUCCCAGGCAGAAUGUGACUGGUGGUCCGAGCACCCGCCUGGGAUGGUGGAGUAGGGGAGACACUCAUCUUGCCAGGGCUGACUCUAUCCUGAGUAUGAACGUUGAGGCAUGCUGUUCAAACAGUAUCGGGAAAAUAAACUUCUGCUCUUUCCCCUCGCAAUUCUCUUUCACAAAUGCAUGGCGCGGACCUACAUCCAUGCAGCGUCAGUCAAACCCAUGUCUGCCAGGCUGUGGGAGUACCCACUUGCCGCCACACUGCAGGAAGGGCGUUCACCACUCAGGGCGACCUCUGAAGCUCCAGAUGCUAUCACAGCUUCAUUGGGCUUCCACUGCUGCUUCAGAGAGAUGCAUACGGUCACGAAAAUACCAUAUGUUCCUCAAACCACUGCAAGCAAAAGACUCCGUCCGCGAAAAGCCGGCUAUUGACCAUGUUUUCCGGAUGCGGCAGUUCUGGCUUAAAGCGUUCAGCAUCGCUGCGAACGCAACAUGGCCGAGAUUCUUUGUCGGUGAUUGAUAACUCCUCUGCUGUAGGCUUUUUCUUUCUGUUCUUCUUUCGUUGACAAAGAUUCUCAUCCAGCCCAGAGUCUCAAAAGUUCAGAUUGCUCUCCCUCUCUGGCGGGU